UAGAAAAAGGAAAAUAAUCAUCAAAUAUCAAAUGUAGUAUAUGAAUGAUAAAAACAUGUAUCAUAAUAAAUCAGUCUCUUUUUUAACCGUCAAAUAUCUAUACAUGAUAAUAUUGAAAGAUUUCUUGAACUGGUAAUUAAACAAUAUUGUUCAUGCAAUGUAUACAAAUACUUUGAUCUGUAAAUGAGUAGCACAAUGUUAAUUUUGAAGCUCCUUUCUGAACCAUUAUCACAAUUGUUGCAAAUAAUUAUUUUCUCCGUCCCAUUCACUAACUAUUGUAUGACUAACUAGAAAGGAGGAGUGCUUUUGUUAAUAUGUCAAAUACGGAAGCUUUGAUCCCUUAUACACAUAGAGAUGAAGAACUUUGAUGUCAUCGAGGAUCACUGUAAAUUGCAUAGGAUAAAUCUGUUUCUGGUCAUGUGGCAUGCAGUUGUAACAACUGCAAGUUGGCUAUAAAGAUCAGAAUAUAUACACAUAUUCAUUUAUAUAAAAAUUUACUCUCUAAACACGAACUCCGAAUUCUAAGAUUUGCACAUACCUCAAAAUGUCAACUUUCAACUCUUUGAUGUCUUCUGAUGAGGAUCCGGAUAUUGGGGACAGCAGCAUGCAUUUGUUCCUUGAGUCAUCACAGACUUCAGAAGUCCCAGAGCAAGGAAGAAGCCCAAGUCCAGCACAGAUAUGGAGGCCACAUUUUGAGAGUCCAGGUAUAGCAAAUAGCCCAGUCACAGUUUCAUCAGGUGCUUGUGGAGGGCCACUAGAUACUCCUCGCUCGUAUACCCGACAAACCAGUACCCCUUUACUGGGUAGAGUGCAACAAGAAAACACUUCACGUAUAUCCAGCUCGUGUAUUAAGACACUUGAGAAGUUAUUUGACAAUCAAGGACAUUUCUCCAAGAACAGUUUGUCAAACAAAAUGCUCUUGUUGGAGAAUGCCUUUCCAUGUUAAAAACUUUGGAAAAAAGACCAGAAAAUGGAAAGCAGCUGAAUAAAAGUAAAAAUGAGAUUCACGUGCCUGCAUAUAUAAAGCAAUCUGUACGUGACGGAUUUAAACAUAAUAAGAGAGCAAAUGGGUUAAAGUGGACCACAAAAACUGCAGCCGGUACAGUACUUAAAUGCAAUUCUGAAGAAAAUAAAGCAAUGACAGAGGCGAUUUUGAUCUAUGUGAAGGGUCAGCAUCAAACUGUUGAAGAGGGUGUGAUCAGGAGUGGGAUUGAAACGUAUUUCAAUUCUGUUAAACAGAAGGAGAUAAUGGAGUUAACAGGGAAAAAGAAAGAACAUAAUAGAAAAAUGGUUCUCUAUGGCCGAAAACACAGGAAACUUAUCAACCGAAGAAGAACCCUAAAAGAAAGAAAAAUUGAUCCAAAGGAGGAGGAAAGGUUCAUGAAAGCAUUGGAGAUUGAAACCAUGUCCUCAGAAGAUUCCGAUUCUGAGGACGAUUCUAUCUUCGUUACACGUCCUCUGUCGUGGGUGUCGACAGAGUUUAAACAGCUGAUACAGCGUUUGGAUAGAAAAUACGAUCGUAUGUUAAAUGCUAUGGGGAAGAGAUUAAAAUCCAAAAGAACAGUCGGGGAGCCUUCAGAUAGACCGUGUCCCAAAAAGCCCAAGGGACUGGAGUGGAUGUUUGGCUAAGGUGAUAUGGAGUUUUGACCAUCAGUCAUUUCAGAUACAUGUACAUGUACUAAUAAACAUUUUGACAUGCAUACAUGGUCUUGUUUAACUUAUUACGACGAAUUAAUUUGAACUUAUGUUGCCGUCUCGUUUCAUUUUAUUAAAUUGUGUUUAUAUUCAGUUUUAGCUAAACAUGAAAAGA